AUUUCAGUGGACCGAGCAGAAUUUGCAGUGAUUUCUCCAUAUUUCCGGGCCGCAUUUUAUGGUGGAUUUUCGGAAGCAAGGUCGAAAUUAUUGCGUUUCGAGAGCAUUAAAGUCGAUCAUUUCCUGCGCUGCUGUGUCCUUCUGCGCCUAUUUAUCAACAAGGAACGAUCGACAGCAGCAGAUUUACAGUGGAUGACUCUCCAGCAAGCGCUUGAGGUACCACUGCUUAGAUUUUAUUUUCCAGACUACCGAAAUCUAAUAAUUCAUACCACUGUGGUGCUGCUUCGUGAUAUGGCUUUCAAAUAA